AUCUCUCUUCUCUGUCGACAACUAUAAAACCCCACCUCCCUCCAUUAAAGUACAAUAAGAUACAGACCUCUUUCUCUCUCUCAUCUUUGACAUAAAAAGGGACUGGUGAAGUAAAUGUAUGCACCGCUAAUGCACCCUUACUUCCCUCAAGAAGUCCACCAUUUUGAACACCUUUGCUGCUCUCAGAAGCCCAAUGCUUCAUCGGGCACACCAAGCAGCUAUGUUCAGGCGUCUGCUAUGUCUGAUUACAACAUCUGGGGUGAAGGAGAUCUGUUCAACGCGCCCCAACCAGUUAUCGAGGAGCCUGUCAUGGGCCUUGAUCCGACGACAGUUGCCAUAUCAAUGAUCUCUUGUGGAGAAGAUGCCAUCUCCCCUCAGUCAUUGAGUGUGUCGGAUGUUGAGUCGUCGAUUGAGAGUGGGCAGCUCCUCAGCGAGGUCUUCUACGAGUGCAGGAAGGAUAUUUUGGCAAAGGAAGGGAACGAAACUCCGCUCUCUGAAGUCCUCAGCAUCAACAUCCCUACUGUCAAGAGUACUACUGAUGAGAAGAUGUUGAUAGAUGAGAAGUCGUGUGUGGAAUGUUCAUUUCAGAAGAGUGUUAGCUCCAGUUGUCUGAGAUCGAUGGACAACGACGUCCAUGAGGCUCCCCUGAGGCCCAGCUUUCUCGAUUUCGCAGUUGAUGACUUCGAAGCUGCUUAUGGGAUGCGACGAGCAUACAGUGAAGGAGACAUAAAGGCUCGUUGUAAUGGUAGCAUAAACCACGUCGAAUCCCCAAUGGGGCAAGUGCGAGUGAUGAGCAGUUGCAUUUCUGAGGUCCGAAGGGAGAAGCUAUCAAGAUACUGGAGUAAGAAGUCCAAGAGAAAUUUUGGCAGAAAAAUCAAGGUAAAUCCAAAAGGCCUUUUCAUUUGUUGCAUUUGAGGAGUUCACUUCCCAUAUUCGCCCGCCACCUCUG